AUGCUAGCCCAGCGCACGAUCGAGCCGCUCAAGACUGAACAUCGGCAGACACUGACCCGCAAGACUGAGGACCGGGCCGACCACGUCCUGAGCGGUUCGGUCCACCUUGCCAACCGGCAGACCGAGCCGGAGGAGGAGAAGGGCUGGGAGUGGGCGGCUCCCCGCCUCGCGCUGCUUGCGAUGGCCGGAAGCUGUGGAACCAACUUCCCGCUCAUCCACAUCGUCGAGGAGUCCAUCUCUCCGUCUCAGGCCACCUUCCUGCGCUUCACCUGCGCGACUCUGCCCUUCCUCCCGCUGCUCGCUCAGCGCCUGUCCGCACUCGAGUGGGACUUGCGUGCAGACAAGACGAUGCUGCCAGGGCUGGAGAUUGGCGCCUGGUGCGCGCUCGGCUACGUCACGCAGGCCAUCGGCCUCGCCCAGACGGCACCGGCCAAGGGCGCCUUCAUCUGCGCGCUCUUCAUGGUGAUCACGCCGCUCAUCAACGGGCUGGCGGGCCGGCGCGUCGAGCUGCAGGCCUACCUCGCGGUCGCCAUCGCCCUGGCCGGCACGGCGGUGCUCGAGGGGCUCGUGCCGGGCGUGGGCGAGGCGUCGGCGGGCGGGCUCAGCGCCUUCAACGCCGGGGACGCGUGGUGCUUCGGCACGGCCGUCGGGUUCGGCGCCAUGUUUGCGCGCAUGGAGAUGCACAUGGAGCGGCUCGACGACGCGGACCUCGCGCUGCCGCUCACCGCGUGGCAGCUGGUCGCGAUGCUGGUCGCGACGGCGGCGUGGCACGCGGCCGACGGCGGCUUGGCCGGGGGGGCGGAGCAGUGGCUGCAGCAGGUGCAGGCGGCGAGCGGCGCGCAGCCGCUGCUCCUCUCGGCGCUGCUUUGGAUGGGGCUCGUCACGGGCGCCGGCGUGCUGUGGGGCGAGACGAUCGCGCUCAAGAAGGUCCCGUCGACAGAGGCGGGCGUCAUCUUCGCCACCGAGCCGCUCUGGGCGGCGGGCUUCGCCGCGCUGCUGCUGCACGACGCGAUCGCGCCAAACGAGCUGCUCGGCGGCGCCGCCAUCGUCCUCGCCUGCCUCUGCCUCCAGCUCCCCGAGGCGACCCUCCUUGCGCUCGGCGGCGGCGGCGAGAAGGACGCCGAAGCGGGUGGCGCGAGCUAG